UUUGAUACUGAAAUUAAGAUUUGAGGGAUACUGUUGAGAUUUGAGAAGAUCAAUUUAGUACCUUCAAAGAAAAGGAGUUGAAUUCUUCUAAUGGCUAUCAAUGGAGUUAAACGGCUACAGGUUUCAUCAGCCUUUACUCUGAAUUUUGUUUUUAUAUUUUCUCUCUCUUAUUUCAGUGUGUUUAAUUGGAUAAAAAUGGAACAGUACUGAUGUGGGCACUUAAUUUUAGUGCAUGGUACUAUGAUAGUCCUCACGACAGAAAGAAAUAAUCAUAUUCCCUGAAUAAAGGGAUAGUAUAUAUAUAGUACAUAUGUCUACUCUUCUGCUCUGUAUAUAAUACUGGUGAGAAACUUGCCAUUUCUGCAAAUGCAACUAGGGUUGUUUAUGUGUUGUGUUUGUAGGUAAAAGUCAUACCUCUAGUCUAGAGUUGUAGAUGUGUAAAACCAAUUAGAAAAACAAUUCCCCUUCAAAAUCUCGAGUUACUGGUUGCAUGUGUAAAACCACUAACUUCUUCUUCCUUCCGAAUUCUCAGCUCUACAGAAUCCAGUCCUCCCGGCUCCCACUCAACACUAUUCUAAGGGCGUUGCUCUGUUUCUAUGUUAAACCACCACCGCAAUGUCCUCAGACACUUCCACCCGCCGCCGCUGUUCUCAAUCUCCUCCCUCUCUCUUUCCACCACCACCACAAAACCAACCCCAACUCACCCUCACUCCAAUCUCCUCACACUCACCUCCAACGCCCAAACCCUCCGCCAAACCAAGCAACUCCACGCUCUCUCACUCCUCCACGCCCUACUCCCCCACAGCGUCUCCCUCUGCGCCUCCCUCAUGCUCACCUACGCCACCUUCAACUCCCCCGACGCCUCUCUCCGCCUCUUUAAUCAAACCGUUAAGUAUUGCCGGACCGCUUUCUUGUGGAACACGCUCAUAAGAGCCUGCUCCAUUGCUCAGGUGGACGAUCGGUUUCGGACUUACAAUCAAAUGGUUCGGAGCGGCGUGCAGCUCGAUGAUCACAGCUUUCCUUUCGUCAUCAAGGCCUGUUCGGACUCUACGGAGGUGAAGAAGGGGAUGGAGGUUCAUGGGGUGGUGGUUAAACUAGGGUUUGAUUCGGAUGUUUACGUGGGGAACACGCUUCUUUCGUUUUAUGGUAACUGCGGGAAACUAAGGGAUGCACGGAAGGUGUUUGAUGAAAUGACUGAGAGAGAUGUUGUGUCGUGGAAUACAAUUAUUGGGGUGUUUUCGGUGAAUGGUGGUUACGUUGAGGCACUGCAUUGUUAUAGGGAGAUGAAUUUGGGAAUUGGGUGUAGGCCGAAUGUUGUGAGUGUUAUCAGUGCAUUGCCGGUUUGCGCAGAGCUUGCAGAUGAGGUGAUGGCGGUUCAGAUACAUUGCUAUGUUGUGAAGUCUGGUUUGGGUACGCAGGUGACUAUUGGGAAUGCAUUGGUUGAUGUGUAUGGCAAGUGUUGGAAUGUGAAGGCAUCGAAACAGGUUUUUGAUGAGAUGAGUCAGCGGAAUGAGGUUUCUUGGAAUGCAGCUAUUACUAGUCUUUCUUAUGUGGGGAAUAACAGGGAAGCAUUGGAUACAUUUAGGUUGAUGAUUGAUGUAGGGGUUAAACCAAACUCUGUCACCAUUUCCAGCAUGUUACCAGUUUUGGUUGAACUAGAAUUAUUUGGGGUUGGGAAAGAACUCCAUGGUUUCUGUAUAAGAAUGGGUAUUGAAUCAGACGUUUUUAUUGGCAACUCAUUAAUUGAUAUGUAUGCAAAAUCAGGCCAUUCACAUGAGGCGUCCAAUGUGUUCCGAGAGAUGGAUGAAAGGAAUAUUGUUUCUUGGACUGCCAUGAUUGCUAAUUUUGCUCAAAACAGGCUUGAGUUGGAAGCAAUUGGACUUGUGAGACAAAUGCAAGCUCAUGGUGAAAUUCCCAAUUCUGUCACCAUCACAAAUCUUCUUCCAGCUUGUGCACGGCUGGGUUCCCUUCGCCUUGGGAAAGAAAUUCAGGCAAGGACAAUUCGCAUGGGAUCUGCCUCUGAUUUGUUUGUCUCUAAUGCUCUCACAGAUAUGUACGCAAAAUGUGGCUGGCUAGAUCUUGCUCGAAAUGUGUUUAACAUAUCCCUUAGAGAUGAGGUGUCCUACAACACACUGAUAAUAGGUUAUUCUCAGACCAAAGAUUGCUCCGAAUCUCUAAGUUUGUUUUCUGAAAUGAAGCUGGUGGGCAUGAUGCAUGACAUUGUUUCAUUUGUGGGAGUUAUAUCAGCUUGCGCAAAUCUAACUGCAAUCAAGCAAGGCAAAGAGAUUCAUGGAUCUGUAAUAAGAAAGUGUUUUGACUCUCAUCUCUUUGUUGCAAACUCACUUUUGGAUUUCUAUACCAAAUCUGGCCGAAUUGAUCUUGCUACUAAGGUCUUUGAUCGCAUUUCCAACAAGGAUGUAGCCUCUUGGAAUACUAUGAUUUUGGGAUACGGAAUGCUAGGUGAGCUUGACACUGCAAUCGGUUUCUUUGAAGCAAUGAGGGAAGAUGGUGUAGAAUAUGAUUCUGUUUCAUACAUUGCAGUUUUGUCAUCUUGUAGUCAUGGGGGGUUAGUUGAGAAGGGCAAAAGAUACUUUGAGGGGAUGCUGGCACGAAAUAUUGAGCCUACACAAAAGCACUAUGCAUGCAUGGUUGAUCUCCUUGGCCGAGCUGGCCUUAUGGAAGAAGCAGUCGAACUUAUUAAAGGCAUGCCAAUUGUACCAGAUGCCAACAUUUGGGGUUCUUUACUUGGGGCAUGUCAAAUCCAUGGGAACAUAGAGUUGGCGAGUUGGGCAGCAGAGUAUCUAUUUAAGUUAAAACCUGACCAUUGUGGGUACUAUAUACUGCUUUCUAACAUGUAUGCAGAAGCAGGUAGAUGGGAAGAUGUAAAGAGGGUGAGGGAAUUGAUGAAAUCAAGGGGAUUGAAGAAAAAUCCUGCUUACAGUUGGGUUCAGAUUCGAGACGAGGUGCAUGCUUUUGGAGUUGGAGAGGGACUGGAGAGACUGAAUUCAGAUUGCUGGCUGGCAGAAUCCUAAUACAUUUGAUACUGAAAUUAAGAUUUGAGGGAUACUGUUGAGAUUUUGAGAAGAUCAAUUUAGAAAAUUUAAAGAAAAGGAGUUGAAUUCUUCUAAUGGCUAUCAAUGGAGUCGAACGGCUACAGAUGGUCAAUUGAGCACCCAUAAGCAGGGUCAAGGCUUCAUCUCCAAGGUGGCUUAUGCAAUAGGUUUGGGAGACGAGCACUGCAUUUCAUGUCAUCAUGUGAAGUAAGCAGGUAUAGUUUAAAACUAUGAACUUUUAUUUCAAAUUGUCAAAUGUUGCAUGCCAUCUUCUCUUCUUUACAGAUGGGGUUGCCAUAUUUUUCUUUUAGUUUCAUCUUCCUGCUGCAGGACUUUUGAGGGCUCCCAUUCUACCCUCACCAGCUCCAUGGAGUAGAAUCCAGGCUUCUUUAAAUGGAGGACAAUGCAGUUGGAGCCAAUUCAUCCGCUAACUUGAUUGUGGCAAUUGUGAUGUUCUCAUGACUCUUCUAGUUUAGGCUCUCUUCCUCUAUCACGCAGCCACAUCGCACCAGAUCAGACACCGAUCAAGGCCGCCAAACCUUGCCAUAAGGAUGUCGUCGUCACCAGCGUUAUCAACUACAUCAUCUGGUGAUGGGUUCGUCAACACCAUCAACAUCGUUCUCGGCCGACGCUUUAGUCGAGUAUAGGCCUGGCCAGAUCAGAAGAGUCUCCCGCAUCCCCAAUGAACAUCUUCGCACAAAGGUACCAUCUUAUUGAAAUUUCUGGACCCAUUUACAAAUUUGAUGUUAUUUCUCAAUUGGGUGAAUUCCCAUUUCUUCUCUUCAUCAAUCCUCAUAGUUUUCUUGUCGUCGUCAAGAACACAAGAUCACCAAGGAGUGGAAGGUCGUCAGUUCUCUCAGUUUUCUGUUCGUCUCUGGUUUCCGCUGCAGCUCUGGUCAUCCAGGCCUUCAAGGAGCCGGAUCCCGACCGCAAGAAGGUCAACAACAUCGAGCACAAUGACCUGAGCGGGACCGAUGUUCUGACUGCACCCUUCUUCUUCUUCAUACUCCCCAGAUCUGGAGCCUCUUUCUCUCUCUAUCUUUCUCUAUCUCUCUUUGUAUCUGUAUAUAUCUAUAGAUCUCUCUCUCUCUCUCUCUCUCUCUCUGAUUCUUGUUGAUAUUGAUAGUUUUGUAUUUCGUGAAAACUUAGAUGAAGGUGAGACCUCAAGAACAUCCUUGGCGCUGGUGAUGUGGGCUUUUUCCAUAUAUUUGGAAGCAGUCGUCAGUCGUCACACUUCCUCAACUGGUGCUGUUGCGAAGGACAAGAAAUAUUGACAACUUAACAGGGCAAUAUGUAGUCCUCCUCGGCUUGGCCUAUUUUUGAAAGAUCUUACUAUCUCUAUUGAUAGCUUAUGGUUCAGCAACAAUGGGACAGCUCUAUUUCUUUCACAUGAUUCUCAUUAAGAAGGCCAUCCUGCCACCAGAUCUUGAAGAGAACCUGAGGCUGAGAUGUAAGGGCAGUAGGGCCACCAUUCAUGCACUUCGGCUCCGGUAGGAGAGGGAUAUAUAUAUAUAUUUUUUUGGGGUUAUUCAAUUCUUGGGAUAGUUUGCUCUUUUUAUUUUUUAUUCUUGUUUUGUUUUGUGGCUCCAAUGGCCUGGUUUUUAAUUGUCUAAAAGGCUCCAAUGGCCUUGGACUAUA